AGGAGAUAUGGAAUUUUCUGAAACGCAUAUAUCAUCAACACAACACUGCAAGACGAUUUCAGCUUGAACUUGAUAUCAGUAAGUUCAGUCAAGGAGGCCUUAGCAAGCUUUUAAAAAGUUCAUCACGUUAGCAUGCGUGAUCAGUUUUUGAUGAAACUGAGGCCAGAAUUUGAGACUGCUCGGGGUGGAUUGCUGAAUCGAAAUCCAGUUCCUUCUUUGGAUGUGUGUGUUGGUGAAUUGUUACGGGAAGAACAAAGAUUGGCUACACAGUCAAUUCUAAGUGCAGCUGGUGGGACAUCAGAGGUUGUCAAUGUUGCUUAUGCUGCACAAGGAAGGAAUAGAGGAAAGGGACAAAUGCAGUGCUACAGCUGCAAGGAGUUUGGCCAUAUUGCUCGCAAUUGUGGUAAGAAAUUCUGCAGUUACUGUAAGCAAAGUGGACAUAUUCUCAAGGAAUGUCCUACACGUCCGGAAAACAGGCGAGCCCAAGCUUUUCAAGCUACUGUUCCAGAUGCUCCUGUUAUUGGUCCUACAUCUACCACCAGCCAGACUGUUCUGACCCCAGAAAUGGUCCAGCAGAUGAUUCUUACUGCAUUUUCUGCCCUUGGACUUCAAGGUCAAGGACCAGAUGUCGGGGAAGGUAAUCGCGAAGGGGCCUAGAGUGGGAAGAUUAUUUCCAUUGCAAUUUACUGUUCCUAGAACUUUAUCUUUAGCCUCUAUGAUUGUUGACAAUAAGGCUGAAAUUUGGCAUAGACGAUUGGGUCAUCCAAAUAAUGUCAUUUUAUCUGAUUUAAUAAAGCGUGGUUUUCUUGGUGC